AUGGAAUCUACUCAAGUGAUUAUUGUUGGUGGAGGUGUUGCUGGUCUUGCUGCAGCAAAAAAUUUAGGAACUGGAAUCAAGUAUGUUUUGAUCGAAGCACAAAAUUAUCUAGGUGGUCGAAUUCUUACUGUUGAUGCAGCACCUGAUCUGUUUAUCGACAUGGGUGCUCAAUAUGUACUUGGAAAUAAAAGUGCACUCUAUAAUGUUUGUAAUGAAUUAAGAAUUCUUUUUAGAGACGAUGAUACUCCUGAUGAUGCAGUAGUUGUGACGACAGAAGGAAAAAUAAUAAAUUCUGAAUUGAUGGAUAAAGCUGCUGAUUUCUGGGAACGAUCGAUCGACGAAGCAGCGGAUAAAUUUGAUAGUCGAAAAGCAAGAAAACCUAUUUGCUUUGCAGAAUUUGUUCCGAGACGAUUUGAAAAACGAUUAGUAUCAUCUUCAUUAUUUACACAAAAUUUAAUCGAACCAAUAACUAAUUAUUUCAUAAAGUUGGAAAUGACUGAUGCCAAUUGUUCUUCAUUAUACGAUUUAAAUUUAAUCGAAUAUAGUAACUAUGAAAAUCCGCCAGGUGCAUAUGAAAAUGAGUUAAAAAAUGGUGGCUAUCGUCCAUUUAUUAAUUAUCUCAAAUCUUUUAUACACAAUGAUGAACAAAUUCGUUUAAAUUGUGAAGUAACUCGAGUUAAAUUUCUUGCCGAAGAACGUAAAUUAUUAGUAGAAAUCAAUGAUCUACAGAAACAACAGACGAAAACAAUGCUAUGUGAUCAUAUGAUUUGGACAACAUCAUUAGGUUAUUUGAAAGAUCAUUUUCGUAGGAUAUUUACCGAUGAAAAAGAUUUAAUUCAACAGAAACAAAAUGCCAUUGCUAAUAUUGGUUUUGGACUAUUGAAUAAGGUAGUGCUUAUUUACACGAAAAAAUUUUGGCGAGAAAAUGCGGAUAGUAUUAAACUAUUACAUACUGGAAAAGUUAAAAUAUUUGAAAUGUCUGAUUUGUUACGACAUCAAGUGUAUACUGAACGAAUCGAUCCAAAUGUCGUUCAAGAAAUUGCUCAUGAAUUGUCUUAUUGUGGUGUUUUACCAUCCACGAAUAUUCCAGUUUUGAUUUGUUGGUUUGCUGGUCCAAUAGCAUUAGUAAUUGAAAAUCUCAAUGAACAAAUAGUUGGGCAGAUUUGUCACGAAACGAUUUGUAGCUAUUUAAAAGUUGAUCAGAAUAGCUAUCCGCUAGUUAGAACACUCAAAAGUGAAUGGCAUAGUAACAAAUACAUUCGAGGAUCUUAUUCAUAUCAAUCCAUACAUUCAAACAAACAAGAUGAACAUGAAUUACGAGCUUCCUAUGCACCAGAUGGGGUUCAAAGAAUUUUAUUUGCUGGCGAAGCAACACAUGAACAGCAUUAUGGUACGGUCAAUGCUGCAUUCGAAACUGGUAUUGAGGCGGCUAAGAAAGUCUUAUCAAUCGUCAAUUCAAGACAGUAA